UAUCGUUACACAACGGUAGCGAAAACACCGGAGUCUUUUACAUUUGAAAACGAAAGCAACAUUAGGCUACUACAUGAGAUGAAUGAAUACGAAGGUUGUAACAUGCAAGUGAAUUUUCUGUCAGUUGCUAUUUAACUGCGCCAGCUAUAUUUCGAAUUCAAUAUGCGGUCGCGAUUUCAUCAGUAGACACAAGGAUCUGAAGCUUGAGAACAUCCUCCGAAAACUAACGUUUACUCAUGCUUUCAGAGGACAAAAACUGAUGGGUGAUCAUGAGAUGCGCGUGGACGUAACAGGGAAAAGGUCUAGUAAUAAAUAACGUUUAGAAUAAAGAGAUCGAGCAACAUUAGCUGGUUAUUUAGUUACAAUACUUCGUGGAUUGUUAACUAUUAUGAACAGCAAAUAGACAGCUAAUGUGGUCGUCUAUUUAACUACCGCGUGGCGUGUAGUGAGCGGAACGGCCAAUAUAAAUUCAGGAUUUUUUACAAGAUAAAUUGACCUUGUGUUCUCAAGGGGUGGACACUUGAUAACCCUAUUAAUAGUUUGCCUCCUUCGCCAUGAGCAAGUUUACGUUGGGGAGAAAUGCCUGGAUUGGAAUGGGCCUGGGUACCACAGCAGGUGCGGCCUUGGUAAUAUUUUUCAUAUAUAAGAAGACGAAAAGGAGAAGAGCCCAAACCUUGUUUCAAAACCAGUCGUCUGAACACGUGUUAAAUAGCAUGGAUGGACCAAGUACAGAUAUAGUUGGAACACAAGUGCAUGAUGUGCAAGACUGUGAUAGCAUUCCAAACCAGACGGUGGCGUCCAGCGGCGUAAUGGUGGUGGAAGUGGACCGAGGCCUUUUACCGGAACAGCAAGUGGAGCUGAGGAACAGACUGGAUGAGGUGCUCCAGUGUGUAGCCACCCUACGGGAAGAGGUGGCUGAACUGAGGGGUGGCCUGCAGGGAAUUGUGGUGCAGAUCGUCCAAGAUGUCAAGACCGGCAUGGAAGAGAGCCAGAGGGCAGCGCGCCGGCGAAGGCAUUUUCUGCCUCGGGAGCGCACAGACUCCCUCAGCUCCAGCUCCAUUUACUUCACAGCCAGCGGAGCCAGUCUGUACGACGGGGAGAGCGAGGGGGGGUACACCACGGCCAAUCCUGAGUCCGACUACAAUGGAGACACGGACAGGGACACUGACCGAGAGACGGACAAAGAGGCGGAGCCAGACUCCGAGGACGAGGACGAUCAAAGCUGCGCCACAGUGCAGACUCUGAAGCAGGACGAUCAGUCCCUAGAUGACGGUGACGAGGAGGAGGAGGAGGAGGAGGAUGAGGAAGAGAAGGAGCCUUCGCUGCGGCUGGACACGGAGAUCCUGAGCGAUGAGCUGGCUCUUCUUCUGUCCCAGAGUGAUACCCUGCACUCUGGUGACAGCCAGCAGAAAGCGGAGGGGUUUCAGAUGCUGAGCAGCAACAAGCCUCUGUAUGGGGCGAAUAAGGAGUUUCUAUGGAGGCUGGCACGUGCAUAUAAUGACAUGUAUGAAGUCACUGAGGACAAAGAACAGAAGAAGUUGUAUGCCGAACAAGGGCGCGACGAGGCCGAAGCAGCGCUGCAGAUGGACGACCUGUGCGCGGAAUGCCACAAGUGGUUUGCUGUUCUGACAGGUCUGACGUCUCACUACGAGAGCAUGCAUGGCAAACUGAAAAGCAGCCACGUCUUCAAGGAGCAUAUAGACAAAGCUAUCUCCCUGAAGGCCGAUGACCCCCUGUGCUUCUACCUUCUGGGAAGAUGGUGCUAUGAGGUCGCUUCCCUGGGAUGGCUGGAGAAGAAGGCUGCGGCUGCCCUGUUUGAGACUCCGCCCACCGCCACGCUGCACGACGCCCUGCAGAACUUCCUCAAGGCCGAAGAAGUCAGCCCGGGCUUCUCGAGGACAGCCAGGCUUUACAUUGCCAAGUGCCACAAGGAUUUGGGGAAAAUUCCAGAGGCCAGGACCUGGGCUGAGCUUGCCUUCAAGAUGCCGAAGAUCGCCAAUGAGGACGGAGACGCCAGCAGUCUGGAAGAAGCGUUAGAACCCCUGAGGAACUGAGGAGCCCCAUGGUUCAGGCGGGGAACAAUGGAGACCCCCGCCUGGGGACAGGAGCUGCCUGGGAGGCCAGCGGAUGUGGAUCUGGAGCACGUAGUCACCGCGUUUCUCAGUAAAAACCCAAAUGUGCGCACUGAGACCCCGCUCUACUAUGGGGGCUUUGCUGCAACAAACAUUGUUUGACAUUCCCAUGCACUGUUAAGCCCAGCUCUAUGCCGAGUGUGCUUUCCAAAUACAAUGAUAAUGCGGUAAUGCAGUUUGUGGCAUUGCCAUAGAUAUAAAAUUUUGAAUGGGUUAUAAGAAGUCAUAAGCCAUUUUUAAUGUUUUGAAUGGCGAGGUAGUCUGUAAUUGUAAAGGUUAAGUCAGCCCAUAAACUACAAACAUGCACUGAAAAUACAAACUUUAUGGGCUUCAAAUGCGAGUAAUUUCAUUAUUUACAUUUAUUUUCAGAGAUUCCAAAGUGCAUGCUUGGGCAUCUCGAUAAGUUUAGCUGACGCCGAAUCUGUCAACUUUAUAUGUAUCAGAUGAAGAAACUGACCAAAGUUUUUGUUUUAUGCACGAUAUCAACCCCGUAUUGUGAAAAAUAACUUAAUUAUUUGAGAGGGGCUUUGCUCUUGUUUUACCCCCAUUGUAAUAUCCACUGGAACAAUAUUGUUAGUGUUGCACAAUUCUCAAGGGUAUGACAUAAUUCCAGAGGGCUUUUAGAAAGAAAGAAAAAUAUUUUUGGGCAAACCAGAAUUACCAACAGGACGUCACUGACCAAUUCUGGGUUACAUUAGUUUAAAUUAAAAUAAAAAAUAAGCACACCGUCCAUGUCGAGUGAGUACACAGUUGUUCUUAGUGCACGGAGAAAUGCCCUGAUGACAGGGAAGAUGCGUUAAAGGAAGUGUCAUACUUCAUAAGCCGACAGUCUCAAUUGGUCCGAGAACAACAGCUAGUUCAACUCAAGCACAGCGCACUGUCAUUUGAGGGUUAGCACUGAAAUCUUUAUUUCUGAUUCCUCUAGAGAAAUUAGUGUCUUUUUUUCUGUCUGGCUCCUUUCAGCCAGUAUUUUUUAUGAAGUGAUUUUUUUCCCUUUUUAAAUGUUGAAUAUUUUUUCACGGCAUAUUUUAUAUAUUAGGAUUGUGCCGUAAUUUGAUCAAAUUUCUGAGAAGUAUCUGAUGUGUUCUUAUGUUGAACAUUUGUGAUCACGUGCAUCCCACUGACCUUUAGUGUAGAAACAGAUUUUUCAGUUUCUUACAUUGUUUUGUGUAUACUGAUUCAGUAGUACUAUAUGUGACAUUACUCAACACUUUCAGAAUUGAAAUGCCCUUGUGUUAUACUGAAAAAUGAAAUGCUUUUUUUGAUUGUUAGUAUUGUGCUAGUCAAUAUACAGUAGUUUGGAAGACUUUGAAUAGCCAAUGGACAUUUUGGUAGUCAAUCUACAGUACACACUAUAUUGCUGCUGUAUUUUGUCAAGGCCAGGGUUUGUGAUUUGUGUUUUAAUUGCAGUAUGUACAUGCCAUGAUGGCUUAAAAGUUGAUGGGUGUUGUAACUUUUUUAAUUUUCAUGUAUUUCAUGUUCAGCUGUCUAUGAAAUAUUAUGUUUAUUUAUUUUGAGUUUAACAGUAUUUAUAUAAAUUUGCAUUCACAAAUUUUAUUGAUAAUUUACUCUAUUAACUUUAAAAUAUAUAAAAUGUGGUGAUAUUUUUAAAUACAAAAUUCAAGCGGUGAAAUCAUGUCUAUAUGUCAGGAAUGAAAAUGAAUUUUAUGUGCAGCGUAGCCUAAUCCAUAGCUUUAUAGUGGGAUUAUUACGUUACGUAACGUGAUAAAGUGAUAGUUGGAAGAGUAGCAGCGGGCAGUAUGACCUGUUUGUUAAAUUUAGUGUUUUCCUGCUGCCAUGGUUAUGUGCUCUUGAGCCUCUGUGUCACAUGGGUCAGGGGUUCCUAGUGCUCUUCAGAAUGUUGAAGUCAGGGCUGUGCUGACUCAUCAGGGGGUGGAGUGCACUGAGCAGACUUAUUUACACCUGUGUCACUGCUAAUGACAUCGUCAGAAGCACCAGUUUAAGCCUAGUGCGGUACGUGAUGUCUACUCGGAGUGCGCCAACACAAACUCCCUAGCUUUCUGAGCAAGUCCAUGGUUGUGACUGAGUCAUAGGCGCGUUCUUACUUUCCAGUGUAUACUGCUCUAGUUAGUAUGCCAUCAAUCGGUAAUGUAAACACACUUCUUUGUCAUUCCUUCAAUCAGUGUAAUUUACCAAUCAAUGAAAUUUCAUUGACACCUUCAGUAAUACUAUUUCUUUUCCCAAGAACAUGGGAAAAGCUGUGAAAACAGAGAGAGUGAUUCACACAAAAUGUGGAUCUUUCCUGGACUUCUUAUGAAUGGUCUGGUCUGGAAUGACCCCAUAGCUUGCAGACAGUUGACCUGAAUUAAACUUACAUCUACAUGUGUUCCUUGCAUCAGAUUGUCUGCCAACAUCAAUACAGUCUUAGACAGAACGUUCACUUUCUAUGGUUGCGUGAUAGUAUUUCAGUUUGAGUGUAUAUUUUCUGUUGGGCCAGACAGUUUUUUAUAUGUGCUGAAGAAUAUUUUAGUUCCUUCAGUUCCCAAGCAGUGCAAGCUCUUCAGUCCCAAAGAUCUAUAUUGUAUUAGAGAAGUACUCCUUGCCCGGACAACUUCUCAGAGACUAGUCUGAAAUAAGGAAUGCUGGAACACAUUGAGCUCAGAGCAAGACACUGUUUAACGAACCAGGGAAGACUGAUGUUUCAACAUCUUAAUUUUGAUUUUGAGGUUAUACAUAGGGAAUGUACUCAUAAAAUUUAUAUAAGCAUAUCCCUGUUUUAAGUAUAGAAAUAAAUGUUUAAAGUAUGAGAAAUGAAGAAUUAGGAUUAGGAUGAAGAAAGAAUACUAAAGAUAUGGCCUUUAAUUGUGUAUCAUGUGGACAGCACUUUACAUUAACAGUGACCAAUGUUUUUAGUUAGACACUUGCAUACAGUUGCAUAGUUACAAACCUCAGAUCACUUGCACUGAAACUCCAUCUCAAUGACAAUUUUUUUUUUCAUAUCCAAUUCCAUAUUCUGAUGCCUCAUAUAUUUUUCAUGACUUUAGUUAUUCUUUUCAGGGAAGAGGAUUUCUGAAUGCUAAAUCAGAGAUCCAUGCAGGUUUUUACAUGUAUAAUAGGGAUCAAGAGAAUCUGAAUGUUUGUAUGAAUGUGAAUGAACAUAUGUACAGUACAUUUUUGUUUUAGAUUGAAUAUCUUUAAAACUAUAGUAUCCAUCUCUCUAAACUCUGAAGCAAUAGACUUUUUAAGUGUGCCUGCCACCUGGUUUUAUGUGAAUAUUUGUGGUCGAAAAAUUCUGUAGUAAUAGUUGGCAAGUAGAACAACUUGGAUUCUCUUCAGGACAUUGGGAAUGGUAAAAAUGUGUGGUGUCUGGAUAUCUGAAGUAAAGUGAUAUGUUUUUUUUUUAUGAUUGACUGCGAUAGGUACUAUGAAAUCCCCAUCUGUUCAAAUAUGCCUCCUUCAUUAGAAAUAUUUUAUGGUGUGAAAUGUUCUGAAACUCAUAUCUAAGUGACAGAAAUACAUAAAUUGUAAUGUUUCAUUGCUGCUGAAAAUUUCACUGAGAAAAUCAUGUGUUCACUGCUUGUGUAGAAUUAGUUCACUAGAGAAUUCACAUUCACUUUAAAAAAACAAAUUAAACCAAUGCUUCUAUUAGGUUCAAACUUUAGCAAAUGCCUAGUUUCUGUAUUAUAAAAGGUAUUAUUUGUGUUCCAUUUACUGAUUUUUUUCUACUGUCUUUCAGUCAGUUUUCUCUUAUUCACAUAUUUCGUAUGCACAGGUGGAACUCAUAUCUCCCGUGUUUAGAGUGUGGUUGAAGUGAAAAUGUUCUGUAAUAACCCCAAAAUAAAUAUGGAUAAACCUCCUCAUGAGA